CCGGAUUCGCCAUGUCUCUGUUUUCAAGAUUGAAGCGACGGGUACGAGCUAAAGAGAAAAAUUCAAAAAAUGAAGAGAAAGUGUCAGAGAAGGCGAAGGAGGAGCCUGCCAAGGUGCCUUACAAGCAUGUAGUUACGCAUGCUGCUUGCGAUAUGCUAUUAGUAGCCCCUGCGAGCGCGAGGGAAGCAGAUAAAGCCAGGAUAAUCGAGCUGAACAUGCGAAAUAUCGCUCUGGAAAGAUCGGAACGUAAGGCGGCUGGUAUGCCACGCGGUCAAGACUCGCUAUCCAUCCAUAAAACCCCUGCCUUUCCUCUACCUAACAACUACAAACCCUAUAGCGCAGAUGACAGGUGGUUCAACCCCAGGUACUACCCCCCGGAGCUAGUCGGCUCCCAAAAAGGUCCCAACAACUUGAAUCGCCCUGAAAGCUUAAGAAGCGGCAAGGGGAAAGAACCGGAAUACAUACGUUCCCCCUCGUCUAUACCACCGGUUCCGAGGUUACCUGUUGGGCAGUUCGGCAUUACGUCGAGCCACGGUGCACCUCUUGACGAAACAUCGGUAGUAUCAAGCACUUCCAACGUUGAACCAAGGAUAAACAACAAGGCCAUCAACCGUCUUUCGCAGAAUUCUAGCUAUGAGCCAAGCCUUUCUCAGAAAAGUAUCUCGUUUAGCGAGAAGUCGUAUCAAACGCCUCUCACAGGUACCUCUCUAAUAACCAUCGGGGCGCCUGUGAAGAGUGAUCGGUACUAUCCACCUUCGACUAAAAGUGCUUAUUUUUCAGCAUCUCAUACAGCGAACCAGCGGACAGAGAAUCAACUAAGUAAACUAGAAAAUAAAAAUAUAUCCGGUACGGAGAUAGCCAUCCCGCCAAUACCCGCUGUUCCCCAGAAAGUUAAUAAGAGCACUCCCCCGGCGAGUAGCUUUAACGAAUCCUCUAUCAAAUCUAUCGGUCCUGCUAUUGCACCACCUCGACCGCCUUGCAUCGUGGCCCCUCCACCUGUGCCAUGUUCUACGGAAGAAGCUACUGGUUUAGAGCAUACUACUAGCAAGACAAUCACUGCCAGCGGUCCCUGUGCGAAAACGCCACAGAAAAGUUCUGUGGAAAAAGGCAAAGCUCCUGCAGAUACGACGGUAAACGAUCUCGAGGAACAAAAUGCGGCGGUACCUUCGACUUCGUCCCCACAAAUGAAAGCACGCAGGCUGUCCAAAUCUAGACCAUCGAGCAGCGGCAACGGUAAGUCCAGGCUGUCGAUCGAUGCAUCACAGCGUAGCCGGUCGAAUUCAACUGCCCCCGGUGCCACUGCUUCUGAACUCGAUCGAGCGAGCCAUACAGCCGAACCGAAGACCAGCGAGACGAGUAAGGGGUCGUCCGAACCCACACUUAAAACAGGAAAAUUGCGCAAGAAACCGAAAGAGAAACGUCAACGGAGAAAAUGGUGGACCUUUGGAUGGCGGUCCACUACGGAGGUACACUAG